ACGGUCUUCCGUAUCUGGGGCAGCGUAUGGGAGGGGCUGGAUUAUCCUAGCUCCAGCCCCAGGGGUCCCAGUUCAUUUCCUCUCUGCCUCAUCAGAGCGCCGUGGACGGUUGAGAAACUCAAUUUGGGUCUGGAGCGAGCGCAGCUGCAUCUGGAGGCAGCAGCAGCAGCAGCAGCAGCAGCAGCAGCAGCAGAGAGCCACAAGGCGGCGACUGUGAGCUUUCGGGUACUGCAUAGACACCUGGAGAUUGAUGUCUGGGGAUGGCACCAGAAGCUUGGGGAGAGGAAGCUGUGCCCCAGGGCCAGUCCCCGAGGGUGUGAUCCGCAUCUACAGCAUGCGGUUCUGCCCCUACUCGCACAGGACACGCCUGGUCCUCAAGGCCAAAGGCAUCAGGCAUGAAGUUGUCAACAUUAACCUAAAAUGCAAGCCUGACUGGUACUAUACAAAACAUCCUUUCGGCCAGAUUCCAGUCUUGGAGAACAGCCAGUCUCAACUUGUCUAUGAAUCUGUCAUCGCUUGUGAGUACCUGGAUGAUGUCUACCCAGGAAGGAAGCUCUUUCCAUACGACCCUUAUGAACGAGCUCGCCAGAAGAUGCUGCUGGAGCUGUUCUCUAAGGUCCCACACUUAACCAAGGAAUGUCUGGUAGCGCUGAGAUGCGGGAAAGAGUGUUCGGAUCUGAAGGCUGCUCUGCGUCAGGAGUUCUGCAACCUGGAAGAGAUUCUUGAAUAUCAGAGCACUACCUUCUUUGGUGGAGACCGAAUAUCCAUGAUUGAUUACCUCUUCUGGCCCUGGUUUGAGCGGCUGGAUGUAUAUGGACUGGCUGACUGCGUGAAUCACACCCCGAUGCUUCGGAUCUGGAUCGCCACCAUGAAGCAGGACCCCGCAGUCUGUGCCCUGCUCAUCGAUAAGAAUGUUUUCCUAGGCUUUCUGAAUCUCUAUUUUCAGAACAACCCUUGUGCCUUUGACUUUGGGCUGUGUUACCCAGCCAUUCGGUAACUGCUGCAUUGCCCAGGGUUCUCAGAGUAUCUGAUUCUGCAUCAUGGGUUGUCUUGGGGGGGUCAGUGCAUUUUUUUGAGGUCUUUAAUAAAUGUGGAGAUGAAGAAUA